GUUAGUGAGAAAAAUCAUUUUGCUGUAAGCUCUGGAAUUUCUUUUUCACAAGAAUACACGACAAGUUCUACACUAAACGUCUACAACUAAUUUUCUUCAUGCAUCUAAUAUCAAUAUGCCAGAGUCCGUGUUCUUGAGCUUUUCGAGAACACAUAUUUGCGAAGCACACCUGAUCCUUUUGCGUUGAUAUCAAACACUGCAGCUUUUGUUCAUUAUCGAUAAUUUAUUUUGCGAUGGUUUGUCAGGUGGAAUACGAGCAUAAAAGCGGAAUAUCUGCUAAGUGCUAAUGAGUACAGUAUGUUACCACAAUGCCCGCCACGCCCAGAAAGUGUGAAGAGCCGUCAUAACGCUUUGUGUGUGGCUUGCUAGUUGCUGCGUCAGAACGACGUCAGGACAGGACACUUGGCUAUGGACGCGCAUCCAGAUCGGUUUACGCAGGCUGACUGGGAUGCGCUGUGUGAACCCUAUUUGACAACGGAGCCACGCCAGAUUAAGCCAGAAUUCUGGCUGCGUGUGCUGGAUGAUCUGACGUCGGAUCGUGUGGUUCGGUCAGGAGGAGCCAGCAACACGGACGAGCCAGCUCGCUCUUGUCCAGACGAGUUGCACUCCGAAGAGACCAGCGCAACCAGCGCUGCGUCACAACCUAGUUCCCGAACGGAUGUUUCCCAGCAACUAUGCGGGGGAGGCCUGCGAUACGGAUUUGAAUCUGCACGAAGAACAUAUUUUGACCACUGUUCGGAUCCGCUUUUUAAGAAUAAUGUCAGCCUGUCGCGAUACCCGAAGCGCCUGAAUUGCGAAUUUAAUUCCGAUUAUAAAUGCAAGGAUGGCCCCUUUGCUGUGAUAUCCACCGCUCGUAGCGUUCCGCUCCAUGGCCUGUGUGGUCGCUGUGGAACUGUCGGAGAUCAUCUGAUGAUCCUGUGUCUAGGCUGCUGUGAUUCGUACCAUGCGUUUUGCGCUCACGUUCCGGAAAAGCUUGUACCGCGUUUGACGUCAUGGUAUUGUCACCGGUGUGCGCAAUGUUCUCUUUGUGGAGGCGCGGAAUACAGUGGGAAACAGUUUACGAAUGACGUGAUUGAAACCUGCUUCCGAUGUCAUCGGCAGUUCCACCUUUAUUGCAAUAAUAAUACAAAUUUUUGUGUGCUGUUCCGGAAUAGCACGAAUGAGUUUAAAGUUUGCAAUGGCUGUUUUACAAAUGCAGCUUGCCAGGUGUGUCACCAGUUUGUGUACAACGCGGACUUAUGUCGAGAUUUCUGUAGCGGCACUAAGGAGGUUUGCGUGGUUUGCCGAAACAGAAGGGAACGUGACUAUUGCAAAAACUGCUGUGAUAUCCCUGAUCUCAGGAAGUCGGUAUGCAGUUACUGCGGCGAUACGUAUCAUACAACUUGUGGACCGCCAGGUCAACAUAUUGCAAAAGCAUUUGUCUGUUUCAAUUGUAUGAGCAGUCGACAGAUCUCUCCACAUGUUCUAUGGACCAGGAUACAUGGCCAGAGCGUUGUGGAUAAAGUGAUAAAAUAUGUCAUGUUAUUGAUGAACUGGGAACUGUCAUGCCGGAAUGAUGAUUCGCCGCUGUUGACUAGCCAAGGCGAUCGGAAUAUGCAGAAACGGGCAUUGGGCGAGGUGAACAGCGAGGAAGAUUUGGGAAUAAGUUUGCCGAGUGAUGCCGAGGAAGAGCCUAAUAGGUUUGACAUGCAGGAUGAAACCAGAGCGAUUAUUAAGCUGUUUGUUUCAAACCGGUUUUCCGCCAAUCCUAUGGAUGAGUUCUUUGAUCAGCCUAGUCCAGACAGUGGAAUUCCUAGAAGCAGCAGUGGUGCUAGUUCACCAGAUGGAUCGUUCGUGCGGGAGUUGAACUUUGCCUUUCCCGAUAGUUUUGCUGCGCUGUGUGAGAAAGGCAGCGUGCGGCAGUUGUCAGUAUGCAUUGGAAGCGGAUUGUAUGGUCGACCACAUGCCAGUGAUGUCAAACCUGUGGCGUUGACUGAUCAAUCUGAGCCUAGUGUUCAGCGAGGGAAACACCAGAAUACCGAAUUAUGUAUUUACUCGCGUCUGGUGCGAGAUCUUGUGAUUCUGAGGAACGAUCGAGAUGCUUGUGGCAAUGCAAAUGCAUUCGUACGGCGUUUGACAGAAAUCGCCGCUCUGCCGUCCAUUUCCAUGGAAUCUCGGUGUGCGCUUCAGGAGUAUUGCUCAGAGUUGACCCAGUGGAUGCCGUCCACAUUAAAUUGUAAUGCAAACCUCCAGAAACCCCUUCCCGAGUGGCUGAGCAUUACGCCGCUUUCCCGGAUAUACGACCGGACGAGUUCGAGUAUGAUUUCGCCAGUUCUUGGUGACCGCACUGUGGUAGACUGUCGAGUCUGCCAUUUCUGCUGUGUGGCGGGAGAUGAUCAGAAGGGUGCCGGUGGCCGGCUAAUUUCCAUGGGAUUUGAUUUAUGGGCGCAUGUCGGUUGUCUUUCCUUCUUCGCGACGCGGCAUUUAUUUUGGGACUACGCCAUUUUUAAACUGGAAAGCCUGGAUACCGGGAGGUUUUGGAGAAGAGAAUGUGCGAGCUGUCCUCUCCGGUUUGGAAUGAUUGGCUGUCUCCAUCCGAAAUGCCCAAAUUCGUACCAUUUGAACUGCGCAAUUGAAGAGCAGUGCAUUGUUCUACCUUCUGAAGGGGUGCUGUGUCCUUUGCACAAAACCAGCACCAGUCACCUGCUCCUCCGCAAUGGUUCUUUCCCUUCGCGUAAAGAUAAUGACUUGCCCAUUUAUUGUCGCACCUCUUGGUCUGAUGUGCAUAUGCUGUCUUCCACCGAUUGGUCUGCCAUGCCGAAAGGAGAAGUAUGUGUUUAUUUUGGAGGCACUGUCGUCAGAUCACUGGGGCGUCUUGUGAGGGGAUGGGAUCUGUCCGAGUCUGUGAUACCUUGCGGAUACAGUGGCCGCAAGUGGUAUUGGAGCACUGUGAAUCCAAUGGGGAUCACACAAUACCGAUUUUUCAUAGUGGAUAUUGAAUCUAGCGAUGAGCUGAAGGCGAGAUUAUGCUCCAUUUUAGAAGUGACCCGUCUGCCUGCGUGGAUCCCUAGCGAAGAACCUAAUGACGACCCCGAAGUGCCCGCCAAACCCGAAGAAACCCUGCCUAAUGAAAAUGUGACCGAAGCCAGAGUAUUACCAGAAUGUAAGCCAGAAGAAUUACCCGAAUGUAAAGCCGAAGAACAGCGGACCACUGUAAUGGAGACCGACACUGCUGCUGCGGCAGUACCAUGCGAUGUCGGUGUUCCAAGUGUUAGCCCGGAAGCAAAGCCUGUCGACGGGGCAUCAGUUGUGAUACCAGAAAUAUCUCUUGUAUCUGAUGGAGGCCCGAUUGCAGAUGUGGACUCUACGCAUGAAAGACGCUCGUUGAGUCCGGAAAUCUCCUUAAGGCCAUCGUGGGAUGUGUCAUCGAUGAAAGGAAUUUUACCUUUUGUUGCUCCUCCCGAAGAGCAGCCACGCUUGUCGCCGACAACCGACUCGGAUGUUUCCAGUGCCAAAUGGCGCCCGUUACCACCGAUAUCAACCAUCAUACCGAAGAAGAACUAUGAGGUUGAACGACUAGGUUCUGAUUUAUCUAAAAUGAACCAGUCACUGCUCGUAUUCCAUUAUGCCCACUUGUCGACGUCGUCGGACGUGUUAAGACAUCGCGCUUCUAUGCGACGCAGUCGGAAUGUUCAGCAGGAGAAUGUUCGUAUCCAGGUGAAGGACGAUGUGAACAAGAAUGGCUUUACGCGGAAACCUAUCCAGCUGCCGCGUUCUCGAGAAUUCCCUGCGGCUGACGUUACUGCACUACCGGCUGCCGACCCACAGAAAAAUUCUAGUUUGAUCAAUGGAAUGCGUGGGCUGGGAAACAGUUGUUCCGGAAAGCCAGUGCCACGCGGGGUGAACCAGUGGGACACUGCACUUGUCAGUCCGAAUAUGCCAAAAAAGCGUAGCUUUGCUGACAGCUGUGAAAGUCCGAGCAACAGCCUACCGGUUGCUGGAAACGGCUUGUGUAUAAAAAAGCAACGCGCCGUUAUUAUUAAACAUCCGAAGAGUGCGAACGCUGUCAAAGCAGGCGAUGCGACACAACCUGGUUGUGGGACGAAGUCCUUGAUAUCACUCAACCCAAAAUCGAAUGCGCCUAAAAUCCGUUCCGUUCUUAUGACUGAAGGUGGUGUCAAACCGACGAAAGUGAAAAAGCAAGUGCAUUUCGCAGCGACGCAUGAAGAGCGCGUUGUGGAAUCGAGCGGUUUUGGAGGUCCUUAUGAUGGGACUUGUUAUCCAAGUGAUCCUGCAUUAUGCUUGAUGCCACCCGUGGAAGACCCUGAUCCGAAUCACUACCUGUUCGGCACCGCAAAAACCCGAGCACGAGAGGAAGUGUGUAGAAGCCGCCAGAAACAAAUUAGGGAACUGCGUGAUUACCUGGAACACCGGGAUAACUCGAAAAUCUCAAAAGUGCCUUCUAGAUUAUCUAUUCUCAUGGGAGAUGACGGAUACUUUGCUGUGUCUCCUUCCCCAAUAGAUCUCAUUCAACAUUUGUAUUCCCGUUUGCAAAAUGCCCGAAAUUCCCGUGGCUUGCGGUAUGAACACCGCACUGCCGCGGCUACCGCACCGUCCUCCCUGGAAUUCCUCGGUCUCACGCAUCCGACUGUGCAGUUUCUCCUGGAACAGCUGCCCCCACCUCACAAUGCUCCUAGUCCAUACCGUCGCAAAUAUUUUGCCCGUGAACAGGUGAAAACCCGCAGCAGAGGCGACAUUGUGAUGCCUUUUAUCACACCCGAACCUCCGCUGGCAACAUGCCCGACUUGCCCGUUACCGGCUAGUUGCUUUGUUGUAACCAGUGGCCGAACGUUUUUGAAAACGAACGUCCAGUGUCGGCAGGUUUUAUUCAGAUGGUCGAUGCCGUACGGACAGAAAGACGUGGCCAAAUUGGAUAAACUGGUAAGAGUUGCCUCCGGUGUAUAUGUUGAGAAAGAAAAGUUUCCCGGAUUCUGUGCCGGAAUACGUCAGACAAGCCGGCCUACAGCUGUGUUGAUAUAUGUCGUCCACCCGUUGAAUCCCGUUGUGACGUUAGCGUUUAUUUCUACAAAAAAUUUGUCUGUGGCAUCCGAAAUCCGCUACAAUCCGGACAGAUCUUCUCGCACUAUUGAAUCACGGUUAUACCUUUCAGAUUUCCGUUGUGUGAAACACAAUCGCAAAGACUAGGUGAUAAUUUGCGGUUGUUGUUGAAUUGCUUUCGUUAAUUUUUUCGCUGUGAUUAUUUUUGCUUUUGUUCCUGUACAUUUUGUACUGCCGAAAAGUUUUUUUCCGCGAUGCCUUUUUUAUAAUUGCUCACUUUUAUGGAGAAACUUUUGGUUUAGUUGUUGGGUGAAAAUAAUGGCGCUUCUGCUUGAAAGCCAGGAAAGACAAACGGUUUUUAUCGCAUAACUUUUAGCACAGCGCUGUUGUAAUACUUGUA